CCACCAAAUACUAUUAAAGCCCAUCUUGAUUGUAAAAAAUGUUUACCGCAUCGACAAGAGUUGCGUUGGUAGAAAGGAAGAGCGGUUAUGGUAGUUAUGACGCAAUGCUCUACGAUUCUUGCCGAAGAACGGCGGCCAUUAGAGGGCGGUGAACCCACGCAUUCGCAUAGACGGCGCUGGAGCACUCCGGCUGAUCCCGGCGGCGAGUCUCUACAAGAAUGCUUCACCACGGACGACGAGUACAAAGAACAGCCAAGUCAUGUGUCUGAAGUGAGUUUUGACGAUUUUGUCUCGUGCUCGUCGUCGUCGGGAAAUGGUUACAGUUUCUAUCUCGGGGGAGAGAUGUCUCCGUGGGGAUCUCCGCUACUGACCGAGUCGAGACCGAUCGCGCCGACGCGUGGAGAAGGGAGGAGAGGAAGAAGCGUGAGGAGGAAGAAAGAUCUCCCGCCGUUUCUGACGACGCUGGAUUGUAACGGACGGCCGAGAUUCUAUCACAGGAGGGUGAGAAGCGAAGGACGGCUAGAGAUUUCCGGCGUGGCAGUGAAUCUACCGGAGAUAGUGAGUGUUCGUGGAAUAGAAGGACUCAGAAUCGGAACAGUCAGAGUCAGUCGAGAACACGGCGAAGGAGAAGGAAAAUGACGUUCAAUAGGCCCAUAUAAAUGUUAAAUUACUGGGUCGAAAAGCCCAAAAAUGUAAGCUGACGUGUCGAUAGAAGAUUUGUUUGUCAAAGGGAAUACCUUUUAACACAGGCCGUGCGAUUGCAAGUGUUCGCUGGAGUCAGAGAAAGCUU